GCUUAUCACCCCGGCCGGGGACAGCGCUGCGCCAUGGCAGAACUGCCCAGCUGCUGCCGUCCCUGCACCACCUGCCUGCUCUGCCUCUACAGCUGCCGAUGGAUCAGCGCCAAGAAAGAGAAGAGGAAGGGCCUGAGAACCACCAAGUGCGACUGCAGCUGGUUCCUCUUCCUCUUCUGCGUCUUCCUCUUCACACUGGUGUGGCUGUACUUCGCCAUGGUCAUCCUCAAUGAUUUCCACAACUUCAAUGAGUUCAUCUACAAACACAAGAAGCUGUGGCUCGACUGGUCCCUGGUCCUGCUCAUAGCAACAGCAGUGCUGAUCACCUACUCGGCUGUGCUGCUGGUCCUUGCUUUGUGCUUGCAGCUCUGCGGACAGCCCUUGAAGCUGCACUGGGUGCACAAGAGCCUGCUGAUCUUAACCGCCCUCGUGGUGGCUGCAGCCUUCACAGGGCUGGGAAUAAAGUGGGCGGAAGAGUGGAGAAGUGCACGCAUCUCCCUGCAGGCAACGGGUCCCUUCCUGCACAUUGGCAUCGUGGGGGGAAUGACGCUCCUUGCCUGGCCGCUGGCCAGCUUCAUCUACCGCAGCUGCAGCACAGGUCUCAAGGUGUUUCUGCUGCUCGUCUACUGUGCAGUGAUGAUUGCUCUGUAUCUGGCUCCCCUGGCGAUUACCUCCCCCUGCCUCAUGGAGGAGAACCAGCUGCCCCCCAAGCCAGCCCUGGUGGGCCACCGAGGGGCCCCCAUGCUGGCGCCCGAGAACACCCUCAUGUCGCUGCACAAGGCGGUGGGCUGUGAUGUGCAAGUCUUUGAGACAGACGUCAUGGUGAGUGCUGACGGGGUCCCGUUCCUCAUGCAUGACGAGAAACUCACCAGGACCACCAACGUGCAGGCUGUGUUCCCCGAGAGGGCCUCGCUCAACAGCACUGCCUUCAACUGGACAGACCUGCAGCAGCUGGAUGCUGGCAGCUGGUUCCUGGAGCGGAGGCCCUUUCCCACUGUGCAGAGUCUUUCUGUUGGUGACCGCAACCAGGCGAGUAAGCAGAAGAUCCCAUCCCUGGAACAGGUGCUGGAAGCAGCCAAGCAGAGCAAUAUCUCCAUCAUGUUUGACCUCCGGCCUGAGAAUCACACCGAUUACCAGAGCUUUGUCAAUGCCACACUGGACACAAUCUUGCAGUCAGGCAUCCCGUUACAGCAGAUCCUCUGGCUGCCAGAUGGGUUCAGGGAACAGGUCAAGCAGCAAGUCCCAGGCGUUCAGCAAGUUUAUGGCCGGAAGAGACUCCGGAAUGAGAAGGAGCCACUGCUGCAUGUUAAUCUGCCCUACCAAGACAUGAGCUCUGAGGAGAUCAGGCAGUACCGUCGGGACAACGUUUCCGUCAACUUGUACGUGGUAAACCAGCCCUGGCUCUUUUCUGUGCUGUGGUGUGCUGGGGUGAGCUCUGUCACGACCAACGCUUGCCAGGUGCUGAAGGAGAUGAAGCACCCCAUCUGGCUGCUCCCCAGCAGCACAUACCUCAUGAUCUGGAUUGUUGCAGACUGUGUCUCCUUCCUUAUGAUCCUCUGGGCCUUCCUCCUGGUGAAGAAAUGCUCCAAGAGAAGACAGCCAGCAGAGUCUGAGACAGACGUGCUGCUCACGAAGAUUAACAGCCUGAUGCAAGAGUGACCCCUCGGGCCUGCAUCAGCCGUGGGGAUGGGCAGCUGGAGACAUGCCCAGCUCGAGUGGGGAGUGCUCUUCUGGCCAGCUUCAAGGCUCCUUUCCUUUGCAGACUCCUUCUGAGCUUCCAGUUCCUCAUAGCCCUCCUGGUUCCUAGCGCAGUGCAGAAGUGGCCUGGAGCUGGGCUCCUUGUUCCCUCUAGCAGAGUUGGGACAGUGCCCAUGCAGGGAUUUCCUGGUGCUGGCUUGUGCCCCGGGGUUUGAGCAUUUGUUCAGCAGUGCUGGGGCCAGAACCUCAGCCCUGGGGUGCUGCUUUGAAGGCUAGUGGGGAUUUUAGUCCCUGUGUUGUGCAGGGGUAUGGCAGUCUCUGCCUGUCACCAGCAGCUGUGCAGCCAGUUCCUGGGGAGGUGAUGACCUCUUCACCAGGAAACAUUUAAUGUGCUGCUGCCCAGGGGCUUGGACUGCUCUGUGGCAUGGGGAAUAGGAAGGGAGCUGCAAGGGAAGGGGCUUUUUAGAAGACAAAUAGGGAUGGAGAGGGAGCAGAGCCCCUCCAAACGUAGUGCUGGGCACAGGAGUCCUGCUCUUACUGCUGGCUUCAUGCUUGUAGGUCAGGGUGCCAGCACCCAACCCAGCUGGUGGAAGAGGGAGCUGGGGCUGUGUUUGGAGAGAGUCUGUCCUGGGGCAGAAAGCACGUCUUGGGGCACAUCCCUGGCUGGGCCACGGUCACGCUCCUGCCGCUUCUGGGGCACAAGGGAAGGGAGCAGUGUUGCGCUCCGGCACUUUGCGGCAGGGCCUCGCACUCGGAGAGGGCAGUCCGUUUUACUCGUUCCUUGCUAUUUAUGUCAAUAAAUCAACCGAGACGUAGA